CCCACACCAGGGGUGGAGCACUUCAACGUGUGAAUUUGUGCAGGACACAAUUCAGUCCAUAACAUCCCCCUAAUUUUUAAAAAAUAAAAAUGUUUUUAAGGAGUGAGUGUCUUUUAUGUGUCUCUGUGACCAGGUCCCGCUGCCUUGAUGGAUUAUACACUUGACCCCAGCAUGACAACAAUGACCGACUACUACUACCCUGAUAGCCUCUCAAGCCCCUGUGAUGGGGAACUUAUCCAGAGAAACGACAAGUUGCUCCUUGCUGUCUUUUAUUGCCUCCUGUUUGUAUUCAGUCUUCUGGGAAACAGCCUGGUCAUCCUGGUCCUUGUGGUCUGCAAGAAGCUGAGGAACAUCACAGACAUAUACCUCUUGAACCUAGCCCUGUCUGACCUGCUUUUUGUCUUCUCCUUCCCCUUUCAGACCUACUAUCAGCUGGAUCAGUGGGUGUUUGGGACUGUAAUGUGCAAAGUGGUGUCUGGCUUUUAUUACCUUGGCUUCUACAGCAGCAUGUUUUUCAUCACCCUCAUGAGUGUGGACAGGUACCUGGCUGUUGUCCAUGCCGUGUAUGCCAUAAAAGUGAGGACGAUCAGGAUGGGCACAACCCUGAGCCUGGCAGUAUGGCUAACUGCCAUUAUGGCUACCAUCCCAUUGCUAGUGUUUUACCAAGUGGCCUCUGAAGAUGGUGUUCUACAGUGUUAUUCAUUUUACAAUCAACAGACUUUGAAGUGGAAGAUCUUCACCAACUUUGAAAUGAACAUUUUAGGCUUGUUGAUCCCAUUCACCAUCUUUAUGUUCUGCUACAUUAAAAUCUUGCACCAGCUGAAGAGGUGUCAAAACCACAACAAGACCAAGGCCAUCAGGUUGGUGCUCAUUGUGGUCAUUGCAUCUUUACUUUUCUGGGUCCCAUUCAACGUGGUUCUUUUCCUCACUUCCUUGCACAGUAUGCACAUCUUGGAUGGAUGUAGCAUAAGUCAACAACUGAAUUAUGCCACCCAUGUCACAGAAAUCAUUUCCUUUACUCACUGCUGUGUGAACCCUGUUAUCUAUGCUUUUGUAGGGGAGAAGUUCAAGAAACACCUCUCAGAAAUAUUUCAGAAAAGUUGCAGCCAUAUCUUCAUCUACCUAGGAAGACAAAUGCCUAGGGAGAGCUGUGAAAAGUCAUCAUCCUGCCAGCAGCACUCCUCCCGUUCCUCCAGCAUAGACUACAUUUUGUGAGGAUCAGUGAAGACUAAAUAUAAACACAUUUUCUUGAAUGGCAUUCUAGUAGCAGUGAGCAGA